AUGACAAAAGUUAUGGAAAAGAUCAUAAACUUAAGACUUAUAUGGUUUCUAGAAAAAAAUGAAAUAUUAUCCAAAGAACAAAGCGGCUUUCGCCACGCCAGAUCAACAAUGGAUAACCUAAUAAUAAUAAAAACAGAAAUCGAAAACGCAUUCAAACACAAACAAAUACUCAGUAUGAUCAGUCUUGAUAUAACCAAGGCCUACGAUUCCGUAUGGAGACAUAGAAUACUAACUAUACUAAGCAAAAUUUUAACAAGCGGCAACAUGUUAAAAUAUAUAUCAAACUUCCUAAAAGAAAGACAAUUUCAGGUCAAAGUAUCAAAUACCUUAUCCAAUACGUUCUAUCAAGAAACGGUAUUCCACAAGGACCUUCUCUGGCAGUUACAUUAUUUCUCUUAG